CCUCUGUUUGUUGUAUUCUUAUGCCAACAAACACUCUCAUCUCUCACACACCAUAAAAAGAGGAGAGUUUCCUGCUUUUUUGUCUUCCUCUACUUCCACAAAUCCCUUCUUUUCUGUUUCAACUUCUGCUUCCUCUUCUUCCUUUUUUUUGUCUUUCUUUCUUUCUUACUCCAACAAUACUAGUAGCUAGUGAAACAAAAUAGGAAACAUUUGUUCUUAAUAAUAUUUGGCUAUGUCAAACAUCACAAGUUGUGAUAGUGGUAGCUUCUCUACAGAGAAUAACAGAGAAGAUGGAGUUAAACAAACAGAAAUACUUGGUCAAUUUCAUAGUCCACAUUCUCAUACUUCAACUACAAAUAAUAACACCAAUGGUACUUCCAACACUAAUUUACAACCACCUCUUAAGAGAAAAAGGAACCUACCAGGAAAUCCAGAUCCAAGUGCUGAAGUGAUAGCACUAUCACCAACAACACUAAUGGCUACAAACAGAUUUGUAUGUGAAAUAUGCAACAAAGGUUUUCAAAGAGACCAAAACCUUCAAUUGCACCGAAGAGGACACAAUUUACCAUGGAAGCUAAAACAAAGAACAAGUAAUGAAAUUAUAAAAAGAGUUUAUGUUUGUCCUGAACCAUCAUGUGUUCAUCAUAAUCCUGCAAGAGCACUUGGUGAUCUUACUGGUAUUAAAAAGCACUUUUGUAGAAAGCACGGUGAGAAGAAGUGGAAAUGUGAUAAAUGUUCUAAGAAAUAUGCUGUUCAAUCUGAUUGGAAAGCUCAUUCCAAAAUUUGUGGUACAAGGGAAUACAAAUGUGACUGUGGAACAAUAUUUUCAAGAAGAGACAGCUUCAUAACCCACAGAGCAUUCUGUGAUGCAUUAGCUGAAGAAAACAACAAAGCAAACGAAGGAUCAAUACAAUUGCAACAUCAACAAAUCCCAAAUCUUGUUUCUUCAUUAUUACCAAUAAACCCUCCACAAAUUGGUGCAACUUCAUCAGAAAUAUUUAACACUGAUCACAAGCAUCCAUUAUCAUCACCUCAUGAUCUCAUGUCAGUGCCAGCAAAACAAUUCAACAGCAACAUAUUCACUAGAAGUCUUUCAUCAUCAACUUCAUCUCCUUCUCUUCAACUCAGUUCAAAUAAUUCACUCAACAAUAUCUUGGAAGAAAAUGGGUCAUUGCAUUUAUCAGCUGCUACUUCACCUCAUAUGUCAGCUACUGCAUUGCUUCAAAAAGCUGCUCAAAUGGGUGCAACUGUGAGUAAUAAUAAUGCCGGUAUGAGUAUGCCGGAAAAAGCCGUUGCUGGAAACAUGAUGGCGCCGCCUUUGUUUGGUGUGUCGCAACAGCAAGGACAUGCUUUCAUGAAUCACUACAUGCAGCAACAAGCUCAGUAUAAUAAUAACAAUUUCAAUGCAAAUGGAAUAAUAAAUGGGGGAGGUGUAAAUGGAUCAAUGAAUGGAGUUGAUAUGUUUAAUGCUAUAUUGGAUCAAAGUAAAGCUUUAUCCAAGAUUAUAGAACAAAACAAUCAAACUCAAGGCAGCAUUAAUAGUGUUGGAGGAGUGGGUGUAGGAGUAGGAGGAGGAGGGGGUGCAUCAAGUAAUAAUAAUAAUGUUGUUAUGAACAUUGGUGGAAGUAAAGGAUCAAGUGGUGGAGAUGUAAUGACAUUGGAUUUAUUAGGGAUAGGAGGGGGAGGUGCACAUGGUAAUUUCUAUGGAGGAGGGGGUACACAACAGCAACAAGCAGAAAGUGCUGCUGCAGCAGCUGAUGAAGUUUGGAGAAAUUGGUCAACCAAAAAUGGAGGAUUUGAAUCAUUUUCAGCAACAAGCAACAUUUGAAAAAAAAAAAGACCACCUGAAAAUAUUGAAGCAUUUCAAACCAAGAAAUAAUUAAUGAUAUUAUUAUUCAACUUUUUUUUAAUUAUUAGUGGGUUGCUUUUUUCUUAUCUAUUUAUUAUUUGAAUACCCCACACCUCUCUUCUUUCGACCAUGACACAUCAAAUCAUUGAUAUUAAUUGGUCCAUUUUGCAUUCAUGACAAGCUAGCCAGUGUAAUGCGUAGACUUAGAGUGUAGUAGACUCUUUUCGUUCCAUAAAUUUGUGUUCAGAUGUUACAAUGGCAAAUCAUUAAUUAAGAAUUCCCUAUUCAAUAUAGUACCCGCUUGAAUUUUCA